AAUAGUUCCCCAAAAAAGGGGAACUUCACCCUUCUCUUUCGGGCGUACCGCGCUGCGAGCAGCAAUGGCGUUGCCCGCGGCCGCGCGCAGAAGCCUCGCAUCCCGUGGCCUCUCCGGCCCCCUCGCCCGCCGCCUCCAUCGGUCACUCCCCCAACUGCUUCCAUCCAACUCCACCGGCGAUCCUCGAAAACCCUCACCCCUUCCACCCCCACCCGCACCACGACCGUUUCACUUCGCGCUCGCCCCUCGCGGGACAUCCCAAACCCUAAGCUUCCCCCCAUUCGGUCUUCACCUCCUCCCCGGGCCAUCACGCCGCAGCUUCUCCUCCUCCCGCGACACCGGUUUCUCUGACACCCUUGCCGAUGCCGCCCAUUCCGCAGCGUCCGCGGCUGCCCCAGCGAGCUUCCCCGGCGAGGUGGCAUGGGCCGCAGAGGACUCAUCAAUGGCCGUCGCGGCGGUGCAGCAUCUCAUCGACGCGGUCCAUUCCUUCACCGGUCUGAACUGGUGGAUUUCUAUUGCUCUCUCCACAGUGCUGCUACGCUGUGGGAUGUUCACAAUUUCGACGCUUGUCAAUAAACGACUAUAUGGUAUGCGUCAGGACCUUGAACAAUACAUCAAGUGGGUAAAGAAUACUAAGGGUGAGAAAUCAAUACAAGAACUUGCAGAUGCAGCAGAUCCUAUGGUCAGAAAGCUUGGUUUUCUGCCAACUCUUCACAUCAUUGUGACACCAUAUACCUUUAUAACUCUUUACAUUGCUAUAUCAAACAUGGUUGAGAAAGUUCCAUCUUUAAAAGGGGGUGGAGCUUUAUGGUUUACUGAUCUGACGACCCCUGAUGCUCUUUGCAUCUUUCCCAUGAUAACAUCACUGUUCAUCAUGCUUCGCUUUGAGGUCAACUAUGGUGUUGCAGCAAAACGUACAGAACGCUCUCGCAAGAUGGAAGAUAAUAUAAGGCAGGUUGUGAGAGCAACAUCUCUUCUGCCUAUGCUGUGGACAGCUACCCUUCCUCAGGCGAUUUCUUGUUCCUUGGUCGCCUGGAGCGGUCUGACUCUUGCAGGAAAGAUAGUUCUUAAGCAUCCAGAUGUGCAGAAAGUACUAUACGGUGGCCCCUUUCUACUAAAACAAGAAUGUUCCUCUUCCGAUGGACAGAAGGGCCCGACUGCUGAAGAUUCCCCGCCUCCUGUCAAAGAAGAGGAAGAACCAGUUUCUCCAGAGACAAAGAAAUCUUCUGAUGCCAGCGUUCACAGAGACGAGUCUGACAAGAAAUCGACCAAAGACGGUUAAAUUUGGUAUAAUCCCGACUUAUAUCGCAGUAUGUCCACUUGCUGUGACGACAAUCUCCUAACGAACUGCCGUCUUGUGCUUUGUAUCUGAGUCUGAUAGCUAUGCUGCCAUCCAGGAUUAGAGUGGCUGGCUGCUACUGCAGAUGAGUAGGUAGCACACUGACGUGAUUUAGCUUAUCGUAUCUUUAGUUUGUUAGCUCGAACAUGAUGGCUGAAAAGAAAUUGGGAGCAGAAGCUUCAUUUUUCUUAAGCACUGAUGGCUUGGUCUUCGAAGAGCAAAUUUAUUGCGUUUUUGUGAA